UCGGUAGGGUUUUUGGGAGGUGGGGGUGCUAAUAAGUUAAGUUGUUUGUGAAUAACCUGUUGAGGAUGGUCUCAUAAAAAAACCUUUUUACACACCAACCUUGGUGAGAACAUGACAGCUAGGCUGCGUAGGUAUCAUUUUCUGUUUUGUAUGAACUUGUUUUUUUUUAUUUUUCCGAAGAAGAAUCAUUCUAUGUACGACUUAUUGAUAGUACGAAAGGUAAAGGUCACCUGCAUUCAUUUUCGAUUCGCGCCAAGUUUAAUGGCGAAAUAGGGUCAGGCUCAUGAACAUCUCUCACUGCCAUGACAGAUUGUGAAGUAGCCAGAGAAGUCCUGAAGAUGUCGGAUGAAGCCAACACUCCUCAGAGGUCUAUUCUUGACUUCUUCAAAACUCCACAGAAAGAUAUGAUGACAGCAAAACCCAAAGGUCUUCUUGGAUUCUUCUGUAAAAAGGAGAAUAAUGGUGCGAAGAAUGCUGUGGAAAUAAACUGUAUUGGAAAGGAAACCCCUGCUGCAAAACAAAACAUGUUGAAGAAAGAAAAUGGGGGAAAAGGAGAGAAAAACAAACUUCAAAAGAAAAGAAAGAGAUCAACCUCAAAGGAUCAAGGCAGUUCUGACGAUGAGUACAGGAAAAAUGACAAAACUUCAGGGAGGAAAAAUAAAUUAAAGAGGAAGAAGGAAGAACUGGAGAAAGCAGAAGCCCUUGGGAAGACAAAUAGUGAAACUAGGACAGACACUGCUGGAUCUCUAGGAAACUUGAUGGAGAGAACAGAGAGACAAAGCGAGACAGCAGCUGAGGGUAACAAUGGGGAUAUCAUUGAUGUAGACACAGAGCCGAAAAAUGAAGGAAGAACUGUUCAGAUGGAAACCAUGGAAGGAAUGGGCAAUGAUUCAGAGAAGGAGUCCAGAGGAAUGGAUGAAGAGGUGGAAGGAAUGGCAGAUGAAAAUGAUGCUGGUGUAGAGGUUAGAAAAGAUGGCUGCAGCCAAGAGAGGGAAGAGGAACAAGGAGCAACAGUGACUCUAGAGGGAAAAAAACAAAUAGACAUUGAAAAGUGUAGAACUAAAGACAAGAGUAAGGAAAAGAGUUGUAGGAGGAGUAAACUAAGAAAGAAAGUGAAGGAAUCAGGUUCACAAGAAACUGUGAACAAAUCAUUGAACUUGUCAGAUGUUUGUGCUAACAUGGUUGAUGGUUCAGUCAUAAGUGAUGGGGAAGUGAAUACUAGUCAAGUGAAGGUUGAUUCUGGAGACACUGAGGAAGAAAUUGUAAAGGAAAAUAAUGAGAAUGAAACCAGCAAACAAGGCUUUGUAGAUGUUAGCAAUAAUGUGUACCUUGAUAAGGAAGUUCAUACAGAAAAUGCUGUGAGAAAAGUUACCAAUGACAAGUUGGAAAAUUCUGGGGAAGUGGAGGAAGAAAGUUAUGAACAUUUCUUAUUGAUGCAUAACUGUGGGAGUAAGACUAUGGACAUGGUAGGAAAGGAAGAUGUGUGUGAGCAGAUGGAGGAGAAUCUUGCUGCCAAGGACAAGAUGCAAAAGGGAACUAGUAAGGAAACCAGAGAGAACCAGCAAACAAGUGGGAGUAUACACAGUAACAAAGCAGUGAAAAAGAAAAGCGGUCGUCAACCCAAGAAAGCAGAAGGCUUACAUUCCACAUCCAACAGUAUUAGUCAUUCAGUUGAAAUUGCUGUAAGUGAUGAGGGUAAAGAUGGUGAUGAAAAGGGUAGUGUGAAGGAGGUUAGUUAUGCAGACUAUUUAAUCACCAUUGGUGAAGACAAAUCAGAGGGCAAUAUGAAGGCAAAGAGAAGCAUUAAUGAUCUGUUGGGUAAAGGUGUUGAAAGUAUGGACUCUCAAGCUCGAGAUGUAGGACUCGGCAAAUCUUGUGAAGAUGAUGGAGCAGACAUUCCGAUGCCGAAACAGUACCCAUCCAUUACAAACUUCUUCACCAAAGUCAACAGAAAUGAAAUAUCUCAAGAUACUAAGGCCAAGACAAAAUCCGAUCACAUGACCAUCAAAGCUGUAGUUCAUGAGCAAAACUGCCAGAAUGCAAAGGGAAAGGAAGGAAAAAGUGAUAAAAAGAAUGGGGUUAAAAAAUUACAACUAUCAAAACAUAAGAGUGAAGAUACCAUUCAGGUGCUUAGUUCAGAGAUUAUUGUAAUAGAGGAUAAAGAUAUGGAUGUCAAUUGCCACAGGAGCGAGAAGUGUGUGAGUCAGGAUUUAACAGAAGAAACAGAAUUAGAAGCAGAUGAUGUCAUAGAUAUAGCAGAAGAUGAAAAGGUCAAGAAAAACUUGUUUUUACACAGUGUUACUGCACCGGAAAAGUCUGUCAAACAGAAAAUGUCACAAGCAACAAUCAAAUUUACAAACAAAGGUCUGCAAAUGAAGAAAACAGAAAGGGAUCGUGUAGAAAAACCACUGGAAGAGACAUGUGAAAGUACAACAGAGCCAAAUAAGAGAAAAAGAGGUCGGCGAAAGGGGGUUUGUAAAACAGGAAAUGUCAGUACAGCACAACUCAACACAACUCAGUCGAAUCCAGAUUCUAGCCGAACUUUUGAUGAUGAGUCGAUGGAAGAAGACUUUAAAGGUUCCUGUGAAAGUCUAGCAGAGAGGAGAAAGUCACUCAGAUUAAAAUAUAAAGUCAAACUUGUACAAAACACAGAGGAUGGGUCUCCCAUCAGGAUGAAAUUCAUGAGGUGUUCAAAGAGUAGUAGUGGAAGUAGCCAGAAUGAAUUAUUCACUCCAAAGUCUAAAGAAAAGGCCAGAGCAAGGUCAGUUUUGAGAAAGCAAAGUAAAGCUCAGAAGUUACUAGAGAAAGCCAAGAAAGUAAAGGGAGGCAAGAAAGAGGCUCGGGCUAAUUCCAAAAUUAAAAUAACCAAGGAGACAAGAAAGAUGAAGGAACGAGGAAUUGACAAAGAACUAGGAGGAAGAAGGAGAAGCUCAAGAUUGUCGGACAGACAGAAGAGCCUGAAGGAGAUAGAAAUUGUGGAUUUGGAUGAUGAGGAUGACGACACAAGGGAUUCUUGUUACACACCAACCAAACCCAGCAAGAAAUUAAGGGCUCAGAAACAAACAGCAGCUAAGAAAUCAACAGAGGUGAAGAAUAUAGCACCCAUAUUCUUAAAAAAGAAACCUAAGGCUGCAGUGAAUAGUCCAGUCAAGAAGGUAUUGGAUCCUGAAACAGAAAAGUUAAAGCGAGCUUUCUUAAUGAGUGGGAUCCCUGCAGAACUAAAGCAGAGUAUCACUGCUACAGCAUCAAAUGUAGUGGCCAGUUAUCCACCUCUCCCAAGAGACAACCACGUCCAGCAGAAGUCGGAAUCCAGGAUGUGGAGCGUGGAGAAUGUGAUUCUGAAGACUGUAGCUGAAACAGAUUUGUGUGCACAGAUAGCACAGGAAUGGCACCUGGGCACCACACACAGACAGUCGGUGACCAACAGUCUCAAAACUGAUGUACAUAAACCAUUGCCGUGUGAAAAAUUUAAAGAUGAUAUCCUCAGCUGUUUACUGAAGGAGACAAGUCGGGCCUGUCCAUCAUUUCCCACACAGAAGAUGUACAACAUUCUGAAGGAGAAGCAGGACGACGACAUGACUGAGGAGAAGGAUGAGAAAUCGAAGGCAAAGGAAACAAAGGGAAAGUCAGAAAAGGAAAAACCGCGGAGGAGUUUGAGGAGAAGGAAGGAAGUGAUAGAGAUAAUUGAUGUAGGAGGCAGUCCGGAAUCCAAGGCUGACCAGGACAAGAAAGAAGACAAGCAGGAAAAUACUCCUCUGGCUUUGUCCUGGCCCGAGAAAUACCAGCCCCUCCAUUCCUCGGAGAUCAUCGGUAACCCCGCCAUCAUUAAAAAGCUGAGGGCUUGGCUUAUACAGUGGAAAGAGUGUCUGGAUAAGGAAGCAAAGAGAGCCAAACUGAUGAUGAUGAAAGAGAAGAAGAAAAACCAGAAAAUAAUAGAAGAAGAGGAGGAAGAGGAGUGGUGGACAGAUGAUGCCAGUGACUUUGACAUGGACAGCGAUUCUGAUGAGGAGGAGAGGCUGUGUAACACUGCCAUGUUAACCGGUCCCCUGGGUGUAGGCAAAACAGCCACAGUAUAUGCUUUAGCACAGGAACUUGGCUUCAAGGUGUUGGAGGUGAAUGCCUCGUCCAACAGGAAUGGCAAAAGAAUUCUGGCCCAGCUUCAAGAAGCAACCCAAUCCCAGCAGGUGUCCAAACAUCACUUUAGUGGAACAGGUUCUCCCAAGAAACUGACAAACAAUGCAAAUAUGGACGCACAUUCCAAAUCCAAACCUGCAGUAUUCACCAAUUUGUUCAGGAAAGCAGCCAACCAACAAUGCAAUGAUGCAAAGGGUACAAAGGAAAAAGGAAGUGUGGGCAGGAAGAAACUGAAAAAGAACAAAGAUAAUGACAAAGUGGAGAAAGAACAGAAAAGGAGAAAGAAGGGUGAAGACUUAACGAAGACUUCUCAGCAGGAGAAGAAGAAAAGUGUGAACCUUUCAUGUACUUCACUUAUCUUGUUCGAUGAGGUGGAUUUGGUAUUUGAAGCUUUUGACAAAGGUUUCUGGGCUGCUGUUAAAAAUUUCAUGGAUUCCACCAAAAUUCCCAUUAUAUUGACCAGCAAUGAUACAACACUACCUCAGAAGUUUGAGGGCAAAUUUGAACAUUAUAAAUUCAAAGCACCUUCAAUAAUCUCGACCUCCUGCUAUUUGAGGCUGGUGGCUUUGGUGGAGAACUUCAGGAUAGACUGGGAUGAAAUCGUAAAUCUUGUCACGUUAUGCCAUUCAGACCUACGCCGAGUAUUACUUUUAUUGCAGUUUUGGCUUAAUUCAGGGGGAGGCCAAAAGGUCAAGAGGCCAAUUAAAAACAUUGAACCAGAAAUAAAUCAGCAAGCUUAUAAGCACCUGCCAGUUAAUGAUGAAAAUUCCUGUUCUCAGAAUGCUGUAGAUGGAUUAAGAAGGGAAACAAGAACUAAAUUGAACUCAUUAGCUGAUGAUGGUGGUGAUGAUGAUGACGAUGACUUUGUUUCCAUUAGACCAAUAACAUGUAAAAGGAAUCAGGUGAUCUGUGAUGAUGAAAAUUCCAAUCUCACUCCCCCUGUCAUUGGAGAUCAAUUGAUAGAUGGUGAAAAAUGUCCUGCAGUGAAUGUCUCUUGUCUAGAAAGUAUGCUGGGACUUCCCAUCAGGAAUGAAUCGGGCAUUCUGGGAUUUCUAAUCAAAACUCUUCAGGAUGAUAGUGGCAGAGAUGAAGAGCUUGCCAUUCAGGCUUGUCAACAGUAUCUGAAGCUGAAAAUGGAUCUUCUCUAUGACCAUCAUCUGGAGAUGUUACCUCUGAACAAAGUCACAGUAGAUACUCUGGGACCUGAAAAGAAGGCCCCCUCUCCUGUCAAAUCCAAGAGGAGGCGAAUUAGAAUGACCUCGGAUUUGUACGAUAGUGAAGGAUCGGACAGCGAACCCACUAACAUCCCAGAGGCCGUCCCUGUUAUUGAAGAGUUGAGUAAACAAAGUGAAGUAAACUCGCAGGAACUCGUCGGGUCACUGAGUGAGUUUGCUCACUAUUACGACAGUUUGUCGUUCACCGACACACUGCGGUCGGUGGAGGAGAGUAUUGUGGGAGAUCGGAACAGUGAGUGUGGAAUGACUGAAAAACCACAGAUGCAUGAACACUCGGAGCUCUGGAUGCAAGAACACGCUAGUGAAGUGCGUUUCAGUAUAGAGUGGAAAGGUCUUCAUAGGCUCCAUCAGAAACUGAGGGAAAUACAUCAGGGUCUGCCAGACCAAAGUGAUGAACGAUUUACAGUGCCUGUUCUGAAGGGAAGAAGUGCUACCCUAACUCAAGGACUGGCUUGUCCAGAUAUGAGAUCUUGGAAUGCGACUGACAAAGCGUAUAGAAAUGUGCUAUACACUCUGCCCUUGUCAGUCCAGGGCCAGAAAUCCUCAGCCAUGUUGGAUUAUCUCCCCUAUCUGAGAUCUAUUACAAAGGAUGAACAGAUCAGACAAGCAGCUAAACUAAAGAGAAGAUUUCACCACUAUUUUGAUCAGAUAGGACUUCAUCUGAAGGAUCAAAGUCUAGAAAUUUUAAAACUGUCUUUCUCAUAGAUGGUCACAAGUUGAUCAUUCUGUGAUGCAUUUUAAGGGGUUUUUUUUAAAUGUGUGAGUGUAUAUUUCAAAUUUUACAAUAUGUAUAUGUAUUUGAUAUAUGUCUUUGAUAUUUCUUACUUGAAGAACAAUAUUACUAGUGAUUAGUGUAUAUUGGAACACCGGACCUCAAUUCUAAUGGUAUUAAGCUUCAAUAGACACAAUUGUCAGUUUCUGUGCAAUGAUCAGGAUUUCAAUUGACUGGAAAAUGUUGUAUUUGUAGAUAGUAAUGCAAAUGUAAGUCUUAAUUUAUUUUAUUUUUUUCAGAAUUUAUAUUGUCUUUUAUUGUUAUACGCCCGUCUUAAGACGGGCCGUAUUAUGUUAUGGCCUUCAUGUCCGUCCGUCUGUUAGCUUUUUCGUGUCCGGCUCAUAAAUUAAAUACUAUAAGGCCUAGAAUAAUCAAACUUUGUCAGUUGAUACAUCUUGGGUAGAAGGUGUGUCGCACAUUAAAACCAGGUCGCUGUGACUUUUAAUUAAGAAGAUAUGGCCAAAUAUGGUAAAACCCUGUCCGGCUCAUAACUUGAAAACUAUUUGAUCUAGAAUCAUGAAACUUGGUCAACUUAUGCAUCUUAGGUAGAAGGUGUGUCGCACUGUACUUUAAGGUCACUGUGACAUUUAGUUGAAGUGAUUUUUUGAAAAAAGUAUGUUAUAAUUGGUACAAUCCCUACUCAUACAAGAGUUUUGUAGAAAACCUCAUUCAAAAAUGUUACAUCAAGAAAACACAUAUUUUUUUUAUGAUAUACUGUACAGCUUUUUUUUUAGCCUAUGUAAUGUUUCCUUUGUUUCUAACAAUAACAUGAGAAAUUCCACUUGUCCCAUGGGAGUAGCAUGCAAAGGGCAUUUUGACAAGACUAAUUAAUGAGUUUUGUGUAGAGCAUCUCUGAUCAACAUGAUCAAGCAGGUGUUAUCUUUAUCUCUAGGGAAUUGGGCAGAGAGAUCUUAGCCUCUUAAUUGCAGAUAUACCAGAAAUUAUUUGUGAAAGUGAAUUUGUUUGUUGUGGUUAGUCUUUAUUUUCGAAAUUAAUUUGACAUUGUACUAUAUAAUUUUUAAUUUUUUUUCUCCGCAACCUAUAUGCAGAGUAUCAUUUCUCACUAAGACAACAAAUGGUUGCAAUAUGUAUAAAGGCCUAUUUUAAUGAUUAGUAUUUUGAUGUUUUGUUAUGGCUGUGGCAUUGUUCAGAAAAAAGAUAUACAAUGAACAAAGCUGCAGAUUGGGCAUUUGUGUAAAUUUGAACAGAUGAAAUAGUAUUGCAAUAACCAUAUUAAAAAAUGUUAAUUCAAGAAACUACACAUUCUUCAUUAUAUACACUGUACUAUACAGCAGUAUAUAACAAACAAAUUAUUUCUUUUGUGUCAGUAACAAGAGAAAUUUCCCUUGUCCCAUGGGUGUAAUUAUCAAGCAAUUCAGGAGGCAUUUUGCUAACAGAAAAAUUGCAUUCUGUCAAAUUACAGAUUAAUUAAUGAGUUUAGAAGAUUUCUGUUACAGCAAUCUGAUCAAGGAGGUGCUAUCUAUAUCUCUUGCAAUCGGGAAUUGGGCAGAGGAAUCUGGCCUUCUAAUUGAUCUGUCAAAUUUUAGAACAGUUCUAAUUGGUAGCCAUUACUUUGAAAGUUAAUUUGGUAUAAAGUUUAAGAAUUAAUAUGAUAUUGUAAAAUAUAUUUUUAUUUUAUAUCUCAACAACAAGGUGCAGAUUGUCAUGUCUCACUAAGAUGACAGUUUUACAGUCUAAGAAUAAACAUAAUGACUAAUGUUUGAUGUUUUAUUACGCUGUGCAUUGUUCUUCAUUCCUUAAAAUACAAUGAGCAAAGCUGCAGAUGUGCAUUUCUCAAGUCUAACACAACCAGUUGAGAAAUAUAUGAUGUAUUAUUUUUUUCUAAUUAAUAACUACACCAUAGGAGAUGCACCAGUGUUUGAAAUAACCGUUUUUAAUCUAUAUUUAUUUAUAUUGACAUCACCAUGCAUAUUUUACUUUUAUACUUGAAGAUUUGACAAAGGCAGAUACUGAUAUAUGUAUUUUUUGAUAUGUUGAAUAAAUCAACCUUUUUGAGUACUCCCAUUUAUUGUAAGUUGUUUGCUUGGAUAAAGGGCUAUCUUGCACUUUAAUCAUUUCAUUGAAAACAUUUGGGAAAAUGUUUUUAUAUCCUUUUAAAAAUCAUUAAGCUUACAUUAUCAAUAUUUGAAGCAAUGUCACAUGAGGCCAUAAAGUGGGUAAGAUUCUUAAAGGAAGGAUGACAUUUGGUUCCAUGCAUACCUACAUGUAUCUCUUCAUGGUGAUAUGUUCAUGUUAACAAUAUGUGACGGGCGUAUCAUGUGCCGUGGCGGUGCACUUUAUUUUUGGUAAAUUUAAGUAUGUGUUGAUAUAAUUAAAUUAUACUGAUGUACAAAUUUAAUACAAAUCAAUCUGAUUGCAUGUAGUGUAAUUUGCAUCUGAUGCCGUGUAAGUGAUGAAAUAUUGUAUUAUUAAAGUAUAAGACUGAU